AUGGACACGACAACAACUUCAUCUCUCGUCAGUCGCCGUGAGGGCCGGACGACGCGGAGAAGUAGCCAGAGAGUUGAGGAUGUGGAGCGCGUUUAUGUUGGGAGGAACAAUCAGGCAUCAGCCAAGACGUCGAACCUGCGCAAGAUCGUCUGUUCUCUUAUUCGAUUUGAUCUGUGGACAUUGGAUACGCUAAGAAGUGCAUUUUUCAAGACGCAUCCUCAAAUUAUCAAUCGAGGCGUAUACGAGCGAUUUGAAGAGCUUUUGGACGCUGAACUAGUCGCUCUGCAUGAGUGGGAAGACCUCUAUGAGUUUGGAUUCGAGGUCCAACUCCAAGGCUAUUUAGGUAGACUCUCCGUGCAGCAGCUUCUUGAGUAUGUGCGGGACUUACGUACCAGCACGUACUAUGCUCAACUAAUGCAUUUGCGGCUGGUAAUGGCGGACAUGGUGAGGACUGAAUUCCAAUAUGCCGAGAAAACAUCUGACCGGACAAUUCUUCAACACAUGGACUGGUGUAAGACACAUCAAGAGUACCUUGCUCAGCUCGUAGCGGGCAUCUGUGUCAACUCUCAGAACCUCAGAGCGAUUGAGAGAGAAGCCAGCUUUCUGCGGGACCAUGUUAAGCAUGCAGUCGAAAGUGGGGACCUUGAUGACACUACCCUUAUGCAGCUGAGGCGGAAGUUUGAGGCGCUGCAAGAGCUCUACCCUGAUGUUUGUGUUUCUAUAUCCGGAGACCGGAGAGAUAUACUAACGUAUAAACAUGUCUUGUGGUGGGACCCAGAUGCUGAAGAACGACGGCUCUCAGAGCGCGACCAACCCCCAAGGACGCUGUCGAAGCAUACACUAGCGCAAGAAACGUCAGCCCGACAUUAUCCUUCCUUGUUCCCACAAUCUCCCUCCUCUCCUGCAUCCCAGCAGCACUGGCUUGGUCUCAUGCUUCACGUCAGGCCGGAACUGCGAAAGAUGCCGAGUUCUACCAGCUGGUCUCCAGCUCCGCUAUGCAACUGCUUGGAGUGGUAA